AUGGUAGUUUGAAGAAGAAUACUCGACAAAUGAAAAAGAGUAAAGAUCCAUACAUUAUAUGAAGUGAUGCGAACAUGGCAUAUGGUGAGAAAAGAAACUGAGAAUGCGGGAUAUACUGCAAUUGACCAACUUGAAAAUCGAGGCUUGCCUUUGCUGUUUUGGAUCGAAUUAUCUCGAAUUCCAUGAAAAAAAUGUUAUUGAUUGAGGCAUAAAAUAAUUCUAUUGAAUUUCCCCUUUUAGGUAUCAAUUUUUAUUUCCAUACAUCAACGGAGCCAUCUUCUACUUUAGUUUUAAGCAAUUUACUGGAAAGCAAACAUUGAAAAGCGAGCAAUUUAGUGACGUGCCCUGAGUUACAAUGACAACGCAAGUGACGGAGCAGUUUUCUACCAAUUCCUUCAAAGUAAAAAUGGAACUAAUCCAAAACAUAAGCCUUUAUUCCAGAUGGCAAGUGUUUGCCUGCAGUACAACUCUUCACGGGCUUAGACACGUCUUCGAGAAGAGCUAUUCAAUAGCUAAACGGGUCAUUUGGCUUUUACUCCUAUGGAGUUCCUCUGCCGCAUUUUUGUAUCUUCUGUCUGUCAGCGUACGCAAAUUCAAGUCGAAGCCAAUGAAGACAGUAGUAUCCCAAACAACGCCGGCAGAUGGCUUGAAAUUCCCCGCUGUGACAAUCUGCAAUUUAAACAAGUUUAUGAAAUCCAAGAUAGAUGUGGCAGACGAGGAUGAAAACUUUGCAAAAAUGGGAUUGAACAUAAGUGGAUGCAGCGAGAUACGUCAAGUUCGUGGAAAUCUUACGUGUGGCCAAGCGUUAUUGUGUGCAUAUGUGUGGUAUGGGACAGUCCUGGUUAACGGCUGCAAUGAGACAAUGCGACAAAACAUAAUCAAGGCACUCAACCACUCAUCAGAUCGUCUGUUUAACGAGGAAGAAUUUCUUUCUCAGUAUGGCCAUGACAUGGCGAGUAUGUUUGUUCUCUACUGCCGUUUCAUGAAAGAGGACACCUGUUCGGAUAAAGAUUUCGUUCCAAUCUUAACGCAGUAUGGCUUGUGUCACACCUUCAACUCUGGUCAAAAUAACUCCGUGCUUCAUGCUAUAUUAGAAGGCCCUGACCUUGGGCUAAAUAUUGUACUCGAUGUUCAACUGAAUGAGAGCACAUUAAGUGAGUUUUCAACAGGAUUAAAAGUGAUUGUGCACGAUCAAAAUACAUUUGUCAACCGACAUUCUGGAUUUAACAUCCUUCCCGGCACGCACGCGUCAGUCGCACUCAAGUUGAGAAAGGUUAGUUACUGGUAUAAUACCCUUGGCGGGAGACCCCCUUAUAUGGGCUAUAUAGGUAUGUACGGACCGAAACACAAAAGACUUCAAGCGCCAUAUAAAACAAAAUGCCAACAGGAUAAACUGCCAGGAAUUGGGUCGUACACCAAGGACGGCUGCCUUUACCAAUGUGUCGCAAAUAAGACCCUAGAAAAAUGUGGCUGCCGUCGUCUUGGAAUGCCAGGUAUCAAUUUUUAUUUCCAUACAUCAACGGAGCCAUCUUCUACUUUAGUUUUAAGCAAUUUACUGGAAAGCAAACAUUGA